GUGCGGUGAAUCACAGAAACAAACAGUCUUCGAUUGUGUUUUUUUUUUGUUUUUUGCAUACCACCCCAUCAAGGAGAAAGUUCUGCCCAAGGCAACGGGCUGUCGAUUUCGCUUUGUCGGUGAUCAAAUAAAUACUCUCGCGCGUCACGUCCUGCCACCGUUGCGUGAAGCAGAUGGGACUUUUUGCGGUCAUUGCCUGAAAGUCCGGCUGUUAAACACACAAACCCAACGUGAGGGGGUAGAAAGUGAAGAGCAAACUUUUUUCGUGUUUUUUGUUUAUUUGGUAUUUUACAUCGUGAAAAAGCAACACCAACAGUGAAAAUGGUGUCCUUCUCGCAGAUCGUGGCGAUGUUGACCAUCGUCGUCGUAGCGCUGUUAACGCCAACCUGCUGGACACUGCCCAAGCAGCGUUACUCGCGUGAUGGAGGUGAACCGCGCAGUCUCGUCGGCGUCUCCACUAACAUCAUCACGAGCAGCCUUCUCAAGGGUUCAGCGGAAUCCAACGGAAAUCAUGUGUUUUCUCCGAUCGGUUUCUCCUCGAUACUGACCAUGAUCAGUGAGGGUGCCGAGGGACAGACACUGAAGGAGCUGUACGAUGUCUUCAAAUUCCCCACCGAUCGAGAUCUAGUUCGCCGAGCGUACGACGAGUCUCUGAAGCGGCUGAGUGGCCAGAAUCCUGCCAACGAGCCACAGUUUAAGACCUGGUUUUACAUCUACAAGAACAACUCCGUCCAUCAGGCGUAUAAGGAUGUACUGGAGCGUAGCUACGGUGUUGAGGUGCGCGAUAUCGAGCGUAACGAUUACGAUUUCGACGAGCCGAAAACGUCCCUGGAACCGGUGGUGGCUGAUGUAGAAGAAGUAAUUGAGGAAGAGAUCACGGAGGAGAAUAACAAUCUGGGCGGAGACAAUCGAAUCAUGGAGCAGGAGGGUGGCAACAGUAACAACAGCAAGGACAUUGUGGACUUUGAGGUGCUAAAGAUCAAAUCGGCACUGCCGAUUGGUGAUGCCAAGGAUGAUGUACGGAUUGACACAGGCAUUACUACCAAUUACGAUGAGAUUGAGGAUGAGAACCCCAAGUUCGACAAGAACAUUGACGAUAAGGAGUAUGUCGACCCAACGAAGAUUAAGGCUGAGCUGGCGAAGAAGAAAAUGGAUGCCAUGAAUGAAGUGCUCGAGCAAGGAGAAACAAACACCAAGGAUAAAGCCAUGGCCACCGACUCCGACAAUCAGGAGCACGCGAAACUUUCACUGCCAUUGAAAAAGAUUGGCGCUGAAAGCGAUGAACUAGAGAUUAUGCAGCUCUCCGAUAGCAAUGUGUCCACACGCAAGUUCAAACUAGGUAGGUCUUUCCUGACCGGCGAUAUUGCAUCGGCACUCAGUGGUAAUUCGUUGGUUGGGCGAAAGCUCAACGCCAAGCAGGACGAUCCGCAGCCAAACGAAUCCAAAAUGCUUCUCUUUAAUGGGCUCUACUAUCGGGGUGCAUGGGCAACACCAUUCCAGCAACUACGAACGGAAGAAAGCAUGUUCUUCACCAACACCGAAGAAAAGCCCGUCAUGAUGAUGCGAUCGCAAGGAAUGUUCGGAAUUGGCAAGGAUGAUCAGCUAGAUGCCAAGUUCUUGGAGCUACCGUAUAAUAACUCCCGCUACUCGCUGCUGCUGAUGGUACCAAACAGCAAAGAUGGUCUGAAGGAGCUGAUCAAAAACUUCAAUCCGGACACGCUGAGCACGGUCCAAAAAUCGUUAGUUCAAAUGCCAGCGCAGAUCUGCAUUCCAAAGUUCCGGAUUGACACCACCAGCCGGGCCGAGAAACCGUUGGCGAAGCUUGGAUUGAUCACCAUGUUUACCUCGAAGGCCGAUCUGAGCGGUAUCACGGAUGAGCAGAAAAUCCACGUCGACGAGCUGGUGCAGCAUGUCUCAAUCCGCGUCGACGAGGGCUCUAGCAGCGAGAACGCACUUUCUGCCACGAAUACCAUCGAAGCGAAAACGUUGGAAAACGAUCGCGAACAGUUCCUUGCGGACAAACCGUUCCUGUUCUUCGUGCGCGACAUCGUGGACGAUAUCGUGAUCGUGGCCGGCAAAAUCACGGAUGUUCCGUACGCGGAGUGAACAAACCCAACGAUGCGUCAAGCAUACGUACACCUUUAACUGUUAAGCAUAGCCUGUAGUGUUUGGAAGCAAGCAGAUGUUACAUACGUAGUCAUAGCACGAGAUAGAGUUCAGAUUCUGUCCGCAUUUUACUGAUCCGUUCCAGACCGGAUUCAAACCCCGUAAUGUGCUAGUCGCAUACCUGUCGAUAUGGGUAUGCGAUGACGAAGAGCUAAAGAGCUUAUAUUGAGCUCGGCAGCUCUCGGUGAAGCUCCAUCCAGGAAUGCUUGAUUUCAGGCAACGGACCCAAAUUGCCCCGAACGUUACCUGUAGUUGCUCUUCUUCCGCUGGCGUUGACUACGAAUCUUUAAAUCAACUAUCUAGAACCGCUUGUGAUGGGCGUGUUCCCUUCUAAACCAAGAGUGGAAGGAUUUACUCUUCAUCCUUUUUUACGCCUUCACGUCUUUACUCUACUCCGAAUCUCUUCUAAUGGAACAGUUAAUUCAAGGUUCCACUAGAUGACGAUCGACGACAGUGCCGACGUAGUCGAACAAACGUAACCCAGCAGCACCGAAGACAUUUGGCCAACUAAAAACACGAAUCAGAUGAUGCUUUCGGGCGAACGGUCUCGUUCUGAAAUAUGAUACGAAGAGGUAUUUCAAAAUUGUAGAUCACCAGCUUUAUCGCUCGAGAGACAUCAUCUUUUGGUUCGGUCAGAUUGAGAAACUACAGAGCAAAGCGGAAAUCAACGCUUAACACCUGCCUGGCAUGCGAAACAUGGGAACAUGGGACUCGCCAACAUGGGAACCGGAAUGGGCGGUGCUACUAUGUAGAACGCACCUAGAACGUAACAGACUGCUAGGUAAUGCUACGGAUUAUUUAUGAUUCUUUAUUGUAAACGAAGGAUAAUUUUUACUCGUACCGUAA